AUGCCCGAGGCCGACGACAACUUCAUCGAGCCCGAUGUGGCUGAGACGGCGGUAACGCAAGAUCCGGUCGAUGGCGUGCUUCCGAUAUCCAGCAGGGGAACUUUGGACGAAUCCAUCUUCGAGACUCUUAAGAGAGAUGUCUUGGGAAUCAAUGCAAGAUUGAAACAGGUUGUGUAUCCCCAUUUCUUUCUCAGAGGCCAGGAUAUUAGCCACUACCAGAAUGACGCGGGCAUCCAUUGCGACCUUUGGGCGCCCCUGGCGUUCAUUAUUGUCUACUCUGUAUCGGUGUCUCGCUCUAAUGCUAGGAGUCUAUUUUCGGGGCUGUUUGUCUCUCUGUGGGCGGCGCUGCUGAUAAUGGCUGUGCACCUGAGACUGGUUAAACCACAUGAGAAGAGCUCACUAGUCUCGUACGUGUCGAUGGCCGGCUAUUGUCUGUUUCCGCUCGUCAUCAACUCUAUUGUAGGGCAGCUCAUUUUGCCGGCAGUCUUCAGGAUUGGCCAUGGAGCCAGCUGGGCUGUCAGGACUCUUUUGAUACUGAGACUAUUACUGCUGACUGGGUCAGUAACUUGGUCGAUGAACUCGAUUCGCAUAGUCGCCAAAUGCCAAAGCUUUGUGGAGGUCUUCCCACUUGCGCUGUGCUUUUUCGGCAUCGGUUGGCUUUCCGUCAUUCUUUAG